UUCCCUCUCACCCUCUCCCUCUCACCCUUUGCCCUGUUUCUCAGAGAUGAAGGAGGAGGGAGAAGUAGCUCCUGGCUCACAGGUUUCCUCUUCAACUCUGGCUGCCUUGGAAAGGACGUGGAACUGACGGAUGGGGAGGGAGGGGACAGAGGUGAGGUCCUCACGGGACUGCCAAUGUGGGCACCUCCUGCACCUGGAUUUGGGGAAGACCUGCCCACCAGCCACCAGCUGCUCACAGGGAUUGGACAGAAAUUCAAGGAAGCGCCCCCUCGGGAGAGAAUGGAAACAGGAAUGUGCACUGACCCCUCAGCAGAAUUGAUGGAAAGGAAGCUGGCUGGCUCUUGGAUUCUCUCUCCUUAGCCAGUCGCUCCCCCACCUGCUUCCAGUGCCCAUAAACAACAUGGAUUCCCACUCACUGGACACAGCAAUUCAGAGCACCCUCGCAUCCCUCUACCCUCCCUUUGAAGCCACAGCUCCAACCAUCCUUGGCCAAGUGUUCCGCCUCCUGGACAUUCACUACCAGGGAGAUGGGCUCUGCUGCCUCCUGGAUUUCUUGAUACCUGCCAAACGGCUUUUUGAGCAAGUCCGGGAAGCAGCCUGUGCUCCAUAUUCACAUUGCCUGUUCCUACACACGGGUUGGCCCCUAUGCCUUGGGGAAGAGGUCGUGGUUCACCUCGCACCACUGAACCCCCUCCUAUUACGUCAGGGAGACUUCUACCUACAGGCAGAGCCCCAUGAAGAACAGUCUGUCUGCAUCAUGGUUAAAUGCCUUUCGAAGGACUUGAGAAAUGUGGAAGAAAGACCAGUUCCUGAGUCAUCAUACCCAAUUCUAUUCACCAAGGAAUGGCUAGAGGGUCUCAACCAAGACCUUGAGAGAGGGCCCCUACAUAGCUGCCUGGUGGCCACAGAAAAAGGGGUUUCUCCUGUGCCUUGGAUAAAAAUAACUGCCCCCAAAUUUAUCAACAAACCCCAAACAGUGGUUGAUCCUUCCCUCUCUCAAGUGUCUCUCCAGUUGGAUGCACUAGAUUUGAGCACUCCCAGAGGGAUGCUCCAGACAAUGUCCAGUAGCAACCCAAAGCCCCCCAGCACAGCUAGCUCUCAGCCAAUACUCAAUAAUAAAGAUACAGGAUCCUGGAGGUCAAACAGGAAUAAGUAUCCAGGACUCAUCAAAGUAGAACAAACAGGAUCUUGGAAGAAAUCUUACAUAUUGGCUGCCCCUAGCAUGGAUGAGAUGAUCAACCAGAACCUUGAGGGGGAUUAUGUGGAUCUCCUCAAGAUUUCCAAAGAGAGGAGAGGGUGUUCUCCACAUAAGUCAGCAGUGAAUCCCAGUGAGUCCAUUCCUUCAGACACCAAAGAACCACUGGAGAAUCAGAUAGUAUCUCCUACCCAGAAGAUGCCAUCUCCAUCAGCGGUCAAUGGGGCCCCUUCUUUCCCAUCAGGGUCUGAAAAAUGGACUUGUGGGAAACCAGAGAGCUCUGAGGAUGGGCCCUGUACACCAUGCUUGAGGAGAAAGCUCAAUGGAUCUUCUCAGUUCCAGAAUUUAAGAUGUCGUUACCGUGAGUCUUACUUGGCUGCUCUUCAGAACCCAGUAAGCUUCAGUUCAGGUCUGAUGACUGCCAUCAAAGAAGAAUCAGAUAGCUCAAAGAAUGAACAGACUUUGGAACCUGCAACCGGAAAGCAUUUGGAUAACUCACAGCUCAGAAGCAGCCCCAGCCGGGCUUCCUCUCCCCAACUUCAUGAAGCCUGUGCUCACAAAAUGGUACACCAGGAAAGCAGAACAGAAGAGACAGGCCUACAAGGCUACCUAAAACUUCUCAAGUCCCCAGCUAGUUCUGGUAGAAUUCUCUCUAGGUCCGGGUCCCCCACGACCAACCAGAAAUUUUCAUUUCUGAAAGGGCAGAGACAAUCCCCUUCUUCACAGGACCCUACUCCCCCAGAGAAAGUCACACACCUGCACAAUGGACCCUGGAAAAUCAUGUCUUCUAUUUACUCCCCAAAAAUGAGCAGAGCAAAAUCCUCAGGGAAAGCUGGCUCCAGUCAGACCAAAACAUCUGUCCAGGAAGCUUCCUCCACCCAGGGUUUCAGUGCUAAAUCCAGUUCGAGUAUGGACCUCCCAGAAAGAGACUGUGCGCUUUUAGAGACCCUCUCUGAACAGCCACUCCACGCCUGGGACCUGAAGGCUGAGAUCUUCCUCUCCGGGAUAGCUCGCUUGCCAGGUAGCCAGGACAAGACAGGGAGGCGUCUGCUCCAGGUGACUGCAAGUGGCUCAGCGUGGGAUGCACCAUGGUGCUCAGCCAGAGAGGUCACCAAGCUCCUCAUCUACUUGUGCUCCAUCCCCAGGCAAGAAGCCAAGACCACAGGAGUGACUGUUGUGAUUGAUGCCAGGAAACAGCCCCCUACUCCCAGCUUGGUUAAUGCUCUGAGAACAACACAGGCCCUGGCCCCAGUCUCCAUUCAUAGUUUGCUACUCCUCGGGGAGAAGGAAGCGGCUACCCAGCUGGAGAAAGUACCAGGCAUCCAGGUGGAGGUGCUGACAUCUCUGAAGGCCCUAAGCCGCCACGUGGAGCAGAGCCAGCUGACCCCAGACCUGGAAGGCUCCUUCCCAUACUGCCACAGUCAGUGGGUGCAAUUCUUCCAGAGGGUGGACCUCUUCCUGACUGAACUCCGCAAGGUUUCCACACUGCUCCAGGAUGCCAUCCAGGAGUUUGAGAAGGGCAAGCCCCCCAAAGGAGUACAGGAGGCAGCUCAGAGCAUGACCAAAUACAAGCAGAUGAUGGAGACCGUGCUUAGUGAUGCCCAGCUGGUGAGUCUGCAGAGAGAAGGGGGAGCCACCUUAGCCAGGCUCAGGAAGGAGGCCUGCAAGCUUGGCCACUCCCAGGAAGUCAGACACAGUAUGGCUCUGGCAAUGGCCCUCUACAGUCAAGUGGAAGAAAGGGUACAUGUGCUAGUGACUACGUCUAACAAGAGUUUAGACAGAUUGGAAUCCCUAGUGCAGACAAGUGAACUGGAGUCCGAGUUCCGCCAGAUCAGUGACUGGAUUGAUGGGGAAGGAACUACAUGGCUUAAGGCGCUGACACCUUUGGAAUGGAGCUUGGAGCGUGUGGAAAAAUCCCAUGAGCAGUUUGAAGAAUUCUUCCAACAGGCCACGGCUCACUACAACCGAGGCUUAGAGCUGUCAAAACAAGCGGCCAGAUUACAAGGAGCUGACGCCCCAGAGAUCGCAGCUUUCACAGCUGCCAAGAGCACCUUCCAGGCCAAGCUGACCCACUUCUACAUGGCCAUAGAAAGGCAAAGGACAGACCUGGAAACCCUCCUCCAUCUCUAUCGAUUUUGCAACCAGAUGACCUGGUUCAACCUGGACUGUCAGGAUUUGGUGGCUGACCUAAAGUUGGGUAAGGGCUGUAAGGCCAGCCCAGAUGCACAGCACCACCUGGAGAGCUACCUGCAGAGGCUUGCGGUAGAGUUUCCUGCCGAGAAACUAUGGGAGAUGUGGUUGCAGGCAUCUUCUCUGAGUCGAGGCCCUGGCCUGGGCCUUUGGGAGGAAGCUCGGCUGAGGCGGCAUGAGAGUUAUGUUAUUCUUCAGGAGGCUCUGACCCGGUGCCAGGGGAAACUAGAGACUGAGCUGGGCCCUAGUAAGGGAAAAGAUAUUUCAGUGAACUUAGCCCCCAGAUCCCUGGAGGGAGACUCCAUAGCCAUUCUGGAACCUGGGAAAACAUUCACUGGAAUCCAAAGAUGGAAAGGACAGUGUGUUUCUGGGGGAAGGUUGGGCACAGGUAUGAAUUCAAACUCUGUAGGCCAAGAUGGCAUAAAGAAAAACAACUCCUCUGACCAGUCUAAGGAAGAAGGCGAUGACAGAGAUAAUCAACAGAAAAUGGGGGUUUCCAACCCAGCUCCUAGAAUUACAGACCCAGAGCGAAGUCCCCAAGCUGACCUGACUGUAGAUCUUAACAAGGCAGCCCCAGAGAAUCUGCAGCCUCCUACAUGGCUACCUGCUCUGCCCGCCUCUUCCAAGUCCCCCACCCUAUGGAAAGGCCUCACCAGAAAGAGGCCAGGACGAGGGUCCCGCUUUCAGUUCUCCCGACAUGGUAGUUUCUCAUCAGAAGAGACAGAUUCACAGACCUCCCUAGAGGACUCACCACUGACUAGUCCUGUGGUAUCCCUGGAGCUGAGCAGCCCCCAGUUGCUCUGGGCUCCAGGCAAGGGCACAGGCAUGGCGCAGUUUGAAGGCAAGCCUCUCGGUGGUCAGACACCAAGGAACCCUGUGUAAAAUCACUUCAGCAAGCAUUUAAUAAACACUUACCAUGUGUCUA